CUUUUUCCUAUCAAAGUGGCGCGUUAUUUUGACGUAGGUUUUCGUCUGCUAAAAAGUCCGAAACAAAUGCAGACGAGUUCGAUAUUGUGAUACCCAAAUUCACUUAUUUUUCGACAUACUUUACCACAAAUUAAGAGUACUCAGUCAAUCUGUAUAUUUUAGAACUGUAAUAAGAAUUUUAAUUUUUAGAUGAAACAUGACUACCCAGCCUCCUGCAGCAGUAACCAGUGUAAUAAUCUUCACAAAUGAUGCAACUGAGCUGUCGUUCUCUGACAGCACAAAGCUAGAGCUGUCUCCUUGCGGAGCAAGCUUUGUGUGUCAAAGAGCUGCCAAAAGAGGGCAGCAUCCUCUAGAUGGAGGAACAAGGAUUCAGCAGAGAACGGAGUUUACCACAAGUGAAUUCAAAGAUAAAGUCUGUCAGGCACUUGAAUGUCGGAACCGCUUUGCUGAACAGCCGUAUCUCUGCCAUCAGUUUUUACCUGAUGGUGCAACACUGCAACUUUUUGCAGAUAUCAAGGCCGUAAAGUGGCCAAAAUCCACAGAGAAGCUGCCUGGGGGAAGACAACCAGAUGGUUCCGUCAAAGUAACUUCUGUCGACGAGUGUGCUUCGCUGUUGCUGUCAGAAAAUAAAGAGGAAUUCACUGUUGAGUUUCUCUGUAAGUUGAGUCGAAAAGAAUUUCCAAAGAGGACUGCAAAAAAGCAUGGGAAGCUUAACAAAAAAUCUGAGAGAGAAACAGAUGCUGUUGGAAGGCUAUCAACUGACUUGCAGUCAGACGUGAACAGGACAGCUGUAAGCAGCUCUUUAAAGCUGUCCCAUCAGGACAGCCCUUACUUACAGACUCUAAUUCACAGAAAAAAUUCACUGAGAAAAUCUGAAACCCCUGAGAAUCAAAGUCAGCCAUCAGUGGAUGAAAAAUGUACAGCUGGUGCUCAUGAGGUGAGUUGCACCUCCCAAGAUCAUUUGAGCCAAAAUCCAGAGAUCGAAGAGAUUAUUGCUAUAAAACAUGGCUAUACAUGGGUCAUUCAGCAUCACACUGUUGAACAGUAUCCGGAGUUCUGGAAACAUCCAUUACAUUUGGCUUUAAACUUUGACCCCAAACAGCACACUUGUACCCUUUCUCCAAAAAAUGAAACAAACAAGUCCUUUGAAGGGAGUGCAGUGUCAGAUAUGAACACCAGGACCUCCCAAGAUAAAAUUUGUUUGACGAGCAAAGUUCUUAGAGAUCUCAAUUUGAACAAGAAGAUAGUGAACUCUGAAACUGAAUGCAUUGACAAGACUUCUAAAACUCAACAAGAGUCUGUGACUGAUGUUGUUGCUUCAACACUGCCUGCUCCACUGCCACUUACCUGUGGGGACAGCCACCGCCAUAAGUGGAGGAAGGAUGCUGGGGCCAGAGGAGUAGACAUCGUGGAAGAAGAUGUUCCUGUUGGCCAAAGUAUUAAAGUGUGGUUUUCAAAUGGAAUCAUUUACAGAUUGUCAAGGAGUCAUCAUCCAGCAGUCCACAUUUACCCAGGGGAUGGCACCCUUAUUAAGUCUACUGCUGGGAAUGGUGGUUUCUUCAAGCACAUUAUCCCGCAUGAUGGAAUUCUUGAGGAAAGAAUGCUGUGUGUAAGGAGUCUGCCUCCGGAUUGUCCUGGAGCCAAGUACUCAAUGGCAGGAGUCUUAAGGAAAGCCUCUAGGCUCUUGCAAAAUAUGAUGCAAGCAGAUUUGGGUUUGUCUCCAUUCCAGAGAGAAGAAAAAUGCUGUUGGAAGGAAAAGUCUCGCUCCUGUCCUGUCACAAGUCCAAACCCAACUGUUAUCAUUGAGGAGAGCAAAGUGGAAGGACUCGGCAAUUUUGUUGCCUUCUCGAACGGAAGGGUCCGGGUGGUGUUCAAUGAUCGAACCACUCUUGACAUGGAAUGGGACUUCAGAAGUCGGGUUGAAGAAAAUAAACAAGACAGUCGGCAGAAUCUGCCAGUUAAACAUGCAGCUCAAGUUCCAAGGAUAAGGAAGUCUAUUUUUAAGUCCAGUCUUCAGAAGGGUGUGUGUCAGCUUUUGCUUCCAAAUGGACAACACAUACUUGUUGCUCUUGAGAAUCCACAAGAAUACCAGAGGUAUGUCAUGGUGGCAGUAGAAUGGGCUACAUGGGUGGCAAGCUCUCCAGAGGAAAGAGUUAACUUCUACAAGUUUCUCGAGUCAGACUCCUCCCACCAAGAUGGUGCUGUUCAAACCGAGCUGCAGAAAAUUAAAUGCUUCGAAUAUAUUCUUGAACACAGCCUAUCGCCUGGUGGUGGACAGCAAACCCAAGAGACUAAAGCCAUCAAUCGAACCAUCGGUCCUUUGACCAAGGAUACUCAAAUGAUGACAGGUGUAGCAAGCUGGAGUUCGCUUCAACCGACUGAAGAUGGAUCUUCCCUUGCGGACCCAACCCCGGACUUUGUAAGGGACGCGCUGCGGAGGACCAGUCAUACAAUCCGAAACAUCGACUCUGUUCUGGGAAAGCUCUGAGAAAUGGAAGUUGCACUUCCGAUCGUACCAGAUCGGGAUCUCCUGCAGUAUGUUAAUAAAGGAAUAGAUGUGUGUUUGGCCAGUUUUAAACACUUUGUUUGAGACCAGUUUGGAGUCUGGACGCUGAUAAUGAUCCGAGCUGAA